GAUAACGCUCUUGAUUAAUUUGGGUACAUUUCAUGUUGAUACGAUUUUAAUCACAUUCAUUCGAGCAUCCAAACUUAAUUGGUAAAGUUGAAAACUUUCAAACAAAUCGCCAUGUGGACGAUACUCUUCUUAACGGUGACCUUUAUGGCGACAGCCACUGCACAAAUGGAUCCUGUCCUACCGGGCGAAGCUCCAUGGCAUGUUUCCGUUCAAUCCAAAUUAUUCGGGACGAUUACAUAUCACACUUUUAGCGGGGUAAUUAUUGACGAGUAUCAUAUCCUCACGUCGGCCGAUAUCCAUCUCGAUGUCCUCCCAUUGUUAACCUUGCUCGUGGGGAGGGUCGAUUUAAACGGGUUUGGUGGAUUGAGGCGUAACAUCGAAAAGAUGACCUUCCACCACGAUUUUCACGUUGUCUGGCCCGUCCUUGACUUCCCAAAUAGGAACGACAUCGCUCUCUUCAGGGUUAGUGAACCUUUCGUUUGGAGUGAAACCGUACAGCCUAUCCCACUUCCAAGAAGAAAUCAAAGCUUAGCCGGUCAAUCAUCCCUCCUAACUGGCUGGCAAGGCCCGGUAAUUGAUGGCAACGGUUCUCUCAAAAAGGUCACCAUGCCCCUCAUUUCGCACCAGCUGUGCGACACGUUCUACGGCAAGUACCGCAUCCCUGCCGCUCAAAUGUUUUGUGGUGGCCUUAUCGACAACGAGGGUGGCGCCGUUAACCUCGUGGGGCUCACGUGGGACCGCGGAUCGCCACUCGCCUGUCAAGACGAGGAGGACGGGUCCACCUACCUUUGCGGGCUGUAUGUCCACACCGCUGAGUUGCACGUUCUCUGCGACGCGCCCUCCCCACCGGAAAAAGAUGGGGGUAAAACUAAACCAUGUUCACGCUCGGCCGGAAACGCGUAUCCCUCCGCGUUUCUCGACAUUGCAAAAUAUGUUCCGUGGAUUGAUGAGAUGCGACAAGGAUCAAAUUAAUUAAGUGUUUUGAACAAAAUUAGAUAUAUUAUUUUACUUUAUUUGUCACAUAGUACUUCAAAUUUUCGAUUUAUUUAACUUGUGCAAAAUUUUGGUCAAAUUUGUUCUAUAUGUAAUUACUAAAAAUUUCGAGAAAAUAAACAUGGCUGUAUGUACUCUUUAAAUCAU